ACCUAGGACAUUAGGGCGCCUCGUAUAAAGUUUCCGGUUCGUGAUAGCGUUCAUAAAAUAUCUUCACCGGGUGUAUCACGUGUUCUUACUUAUUGUAAUGUAACAGGUAUUCUAGUAGUGCAUGCAAUCUACAAUUGUUUUCCGGUGCUUUAGGUGCUCCUCUCCUUCUGAUCUUCUAGCUUUCUAUGCUUUUUUGUAUAUUUAAUUAAUUUGCAUUGAUUACAGUUAAUCGAUUUUAGGUAACUGAAGGUGUUGUUGUUUUUUUUUUUACAAAUCCUUUCUUUUCUCUUGUUUUUAAACCAUGUUGACGUCUCGACUUCUAUUGUUUUAAUCGAAAUCACAAGGCUUUUAUGGUCUAUGGUUUUAUUAUUCACUUACAUAUAUAUGUAAGUUUUCAAGACAAGUAAUUCUAUUUUAAAUGCCUUGAGUUCUGUUUUAAAAAAAAAUUCAUAAUAUCUUAAAUUAUAUGAAUAAUUUUUACAAUUAUCAUCAUCAUUAUUAUUACCAUUACUUUUACGCCUACUAUUGUUAUAAAUGUCUGAUAACAGUAAUAAUAAUAAUAGCAACAACAGUUAUAACAGUCAAUGUUUGCCUAAUUCAUCCGCGUCUAUUUCUACUUCGUCAAUGAGUCUAAGUAUUAUCACUCAUCUUCAACAAGAACAUGAACAACCACAACAGCUUACACACUCAAAUAUAAUCAGUGAUCCGCAUAGUUGUUCUACUGAUGAAUCGAAUUCUUCAAUUGUUGAAUCGAAUAACCACAAUAAUAAUAAUAAUAAUGCCAAUGGUAAUGGAAGACUUUUGUCUUCGGUAACCUCUAAUGGGAAUUGUUAUUCAUCGUAUCGUAAAUCUACUCUCCAUGAUACUAGUAGUAUUUUUAAUCCAAUAACACAAACUCAACUUUCUAGUGAUUCAGAAUGCAGAAAUCCACCUUAUCGGCAUAGUCAACAUCAGCAGCAGCAACAACAACAACAGCAUCGACAGUUACACGAAACACCCGGUGAAAAUAAUUCAUCAACACAGCAGUUGUUAUUAUUACCAAGUUUUAGAAUUAAAUGUGAAGCAGAAAGUGAUUUAUCUCCGACUGGUGGUGGUGGUGGUAAUUCUUCUGGACAAUCUGCAUCUAUGUCUAAUUCAUCUACCUAUGAAAUAAUACAUAAUUAUAAACCGAUGAUAUCAGAAGCUUUCUCAGGGAAAUAUGAAUCAUUUGAUGAAGAGCAUGAAAUGAUUGAUGAUGAUGAACAAGGUAUUGAAAAUCAGGAAUUUAAUAAUACAAAUGUAACUCUACAGUUACAAUCUCAUAAUAAUAACAAUAAUAAUGCAGGGGAAUCUGUCUCAUCAUCUCAGUCAACAAGAUAUCCAGGGCAUACAUCUCAUGAGCAAUUAUCACUACCUCAGGUUAAUUUAAUUAAUUCUUUUCGUUCUGAUAAUCUAUCUAUUCGUGGAUGUAAUAACCGUUUAUCAAAUAUAUCUCCGUUGGAUAUCAUACCUCAGGGUCAGUCGGAUAAUAAUAACAAUAAUAAUACAGGGGUUAUUAAUACAUCAUCCGGUUUUACAGCCGAUUCUCUUGCCUUCAUUAAUACAUCCUCACCAUCAUUAUCGUCUGCAGGGCGUAUCAACGCGUUCAAUUCAAAUGAACAUCUACUGAAUACCAGUAGUAGUACUGCUACGCCGACUACUGUUACUUCUACACCGGAAUUCACUUGUUUCUAUCCAAAUACAUCAUCAUCAUCAUGUGAUGCAUUGGCGAAACGUUUCACGCCUAAUGGACAUGCAGCAUGCACUAAUUUCUCUAUAGCUGAUCAAUCUGAUUCAAAAAUUGUUAUUGGUCUUAAUCCUUUAUCAAAAACACAUCGAUUAUGUUAUCCAUAUGAUGCAUAUGAAUCAUCAAAAAGCAGUUUCAAAGAACAUUCAAAUAAUAGUAAUAAUAAUACUAAUACUGGUAAUAACAAUAACAACAACAUUGAUCGAACACCUCAGCCUAGUCCUUCACCAAAUCGAUUAAAAAAUAUAUUGAAUAAUACAACAUUUUAUGAUCGUACUGGUAAUAUGAAUGGAUCUAAUCCUGCUUUAACAGCAACGCCUAUCGCCUCGUGUAAUGAUGAAGCCGUGAAUCUAGUGACUGAUGAUGAUUUAGAUCAAAAAAAUUUUCUACAUUGUAAUGAUGUUCAACUCCCAGGAUUUAAUAGUCCUGAAUCAGCUUUCUAUCAAUAUCAGAAUAGAAUGGAGGGUCAAAGAUGUCAAGUAUGCGGUGAAUUAGCCGCUGGAUUUCAUCAUGGUGCAUAUGUAUGCGAAGCGUGUAAAAAAUUUUUUAUGCGUCAUUCAAUGGCUGACACAAAACCAACAAAUGUUUGUCCAACUGGUGGGAAUUGUAUUGUCGCCAAAGGAAGUCGAGGGAAAUGUCAAAUAUGCCGAUAUCGUAAAUGUCUGCUAGUCGGUAUGAAAAUGAAAGAUCCAGAAACUCAAUCAGAAAUUGAUAUAUCAAAUAUUCCUUGUCGUGUAUGUGGUGGUCGAUCGUCUGGAUUUCAUUUUGGCGCUUUAACGUGUGAAGGAUGCAAAGGUUUCUUUCGUCGUACCGAAGGCUCAGCUAACUCGUUAGUCUGUGUUGGUGGACAGAAUGCGUGUACAAUAACUCCACGAAGUCGAAAUGCCUGUAAAAGUUGUCGUUUUCGUCGAUGUUUAACAGCUGGAAUGUCUAAGAAAGGCAGUCGAAUUGGUCGUCAACCGAAUGCUGUGAAAUUUCAUUGUGCCAUUGAAAUUCGUCAAUUACAAGCCAUAAGAGGCAAUUCUUCUUCGUCAACUUCAAUGGAUGCUUUGUCACCUGGACAAAGUUCUUCAUCGUGUGUUGUCUACAGUAGUGGUGCCGGUGGUGGCGCUGGUCAUCAGUAUGCUACUGUAGGUAGUAGCACCGGGGGCGGCUGUGGCGUUGGCAAUGGCGUUCACGUUACCGGUCCCGGUGGUGUUGUCAGUAGUUCUGAUCUCCUGUUAAAUAAUUCAAUAAAUCAUUUUCGUCAUCUUAGUCAAAGUGAUGAUAAUAAUAAUAAUAACUGUAGUCCUAAGUAUAGUCCAGAUACAAUGACCCCGACGAACACCUCAUCGUCAUCCUUGAAACACGAGGCGGCAUUAUUAUUGUCAUCUAAUGAUUGUGGAAAGUCGAGUCAAUCUCAAGCCCCACCAUUGUCCUUAUUAUUCUUUCUGCCUCAGUCAUCAUCGUCCUCAGCAUCAUCAUCCGCGGCGGCGGCAGCAGCGGCCAUUGCAGCCUCCUCAGCUGCUUCAUCUAUGCCUCCUGGUUUAAUGAACAAUCAUAAUCGAUUAUUAUUAGAUCAUAAUAGUGAAGAUAUUGUCAAAUGUACUACACAGCUAUCACCGAGCUGUUAUACACUUGUUAACAAUAAUAAUAAUAGUAAUAGUAAUAAUAAUGAUUGUGAGGAUUCUAUAACUCCUGCAUCUAGAGCACACUCAAUGAAAUUGGAUGAAUCAAUUCUUGAUGAAGCAUCGAUUAAUUCGUAUCGGUUAUCAAACAGUUUAAAAUCACAAUUAUUAUUUAAGAAUAUACAAAUGAGACCAUCAUCAUUAAUGAAUGAUUCUUCUCAAUUGAUUCGACACUACUCAAAUGGUGGACGUUCUGGUAUCUAUGAUGCUUUAGAAUGGCAUGCAUUGAAUCGUGUUAAUGAAUCUACACUAGUGGAUAAUAACAACAAUAGUAAUCAUAAUAGUGGUGAUCGAAGCUCAGAUUAUGAAAUGAUAAAAUCAAUUCCACACCAUCAACACCACCAUCCCCAACAACACCAACAACAGUCGUCAUCUAUGUCACAAUCAUCUAGCGCCUUUUGUACAUCUCGUUUACUAGAUGAUAAAAUUUUCUCUUAUUCUCAGGAACAACAACAACAACAGCAACAACUGUCACAACAAACACGACCAUCGCUACUACAACAGCAACAACAAAACCAUCAGUCGCAUCAAUCUCCUAAAUCCGGUGUCAAUCAUCCUCUUCAUCAUAAUUCUUCCUCGUCAUCAGUCUCUCAGCGAUCCUUUUCUUCUUCUUCUUCGUCUUGUUCUUCUGCCGUGUCUAUUUUCUCACCAGUCUCCUCUUCUUCAACAACUGUAUCUCAGGUGGAUUUGUGCAAGUCAUCGAGUGAAUCAACAACUGCUUCUAGAACGACAGUUUCUUCAGGUGUAUAUGCUUCAGUGACAUCGACGACAAGUACAAGUUCUCCUAGUACUACCACUAUUACUACGACUACGACUACUAAUACCAACUCCACCGCUACGACUGCGGUUACUGUCUCUGACACUACAACCAGACCAAUAGUUGUCACAGUAUCUAAUGAAAAUAGUCAUCAAUUUAUAAGCUUUGAUGAUCCAUCCUUUUGGGAUGAUGCGGAUGAGAUCCUACCACCGAUUAAUCCAACACCUGAAGCUGUUUUAGAAUUCACUGAGGGUAUGCGUACAGCAACAGAAUUCUUAAGAUUGCCUAAUGCAUAUUUUAAAACACGUUUUCGUAUGACGUCAAUUCCACCGGAGCAUCAAGAUAAUAUUAAUCAAGUAUGGGGACAUAUGAUGAAUCACUUUCAUAUGCAUGCUCAACAAGUUGUACAAUUUGCUAAACUUGUACCUGGCUUUAAUCAAUUGGGCAUUACAGCUAGAAGUAAUCUUGUCCGUGAAGCUAUGUAUCCAGUUCUUCUAUUACUACUUAGUCGUGAUUAUUGCCCGGAAACAGAUGAAUACAAUUAUUUUGAUUUCCCUUUAAAAGAACGUGAAGUGAUUAUGCGACAUUUUCCAUCAUUUAAACGAAUUACAGAACAUUUACGUGUCUCUGGACGAUUAAUGCAUCAUUUAAAUUUAAGCCUACCAGAAUUAUCAUUAUCUUGUGCUGCAGAAAUAUUACGUAAUUAUUGUAUACUGGAAGAACCAACUGCAAAGAGUACAGCUGAAUUAUUUGUACUGGCUCAUCAUAGUCUGUUAAGUUGUAUGGCAAAACGCUCUCUACCAUCAAAUGGUGAUGCGAUCUCAUCGAAGCAAAGACGAACUCAACUCUUGGCACUUAGAAAAAUGAUACGCGUUAUGGAUAAGGAACAUCAUAAAAUUCUUGCUGAUUUAAAGGUUGUCAGAUCCGAUCUUCGAUUUCCUGAAUUAUAUGUGGAAAUGUUUCAGUUGGCCGAUAGUGCCUCAGCAUUAUUCUCUGCUUCUGCUCAAGCUGUUACAUUAGCAUGCUCCGGUGCUCUACAAUCCUCGUUAGCCUCCUUUCAAGGUGGUGGUUGUCAGUUGACGACAUCAACAGCCACAUUGGCGUCAGCGUCAUUAUCCUCCGGUUCCUCCUCGGCGUCGUCGUCAUCAUCUUCAUCAUCAUCGUCAUCCUCCUCCUCCUCAUUUCACAGUGCUGUAUGUGAUGUCAAUACAGGCAAAACAAACGAAUCAGCGCUGGCGGUGGUAACCAGUGGAGAUUUUGUCCCAUCCACUGAUCGUUGGGAUGCAAGUCGACUGGCUUUAUCUGUUCCUGCUGCUGCUGCUUCUGUUGUUGCCGCUGUUGCCGCAGUCGCUGCAGCCGAAGCGACGCUAUGCCAAGGCAAUCACCAUCAACACCAUCAAUCAUUGUCCUCAGGAUCUUCUGCAUUUUCACACUUCCCUACAACUAAUCUAGUUGGUGUCGGUGGUGCUGGUGCUGGUGCUAGUAGUAGUAGUGGGCUAUCGAAUUGUCUUAAUUCAUGUCAGAAACGACCUAAAAAUGAUGGAAACCAUCAGUUGACUAAUGCUACAAACUUUAUAACAACUCCGCCAUCGUUAUUCUUCACUAGCCAUCAACCGCCUCAUCCGCCCCCACCGCCGCCAUCAUCGUCAUCAUCAUCUUGAUUCUACUUACCGUCGCCUCUUCCCUUAACCUCACUCCGGUAUACCCAACAAUUACCCAUUCACAAUAGGCUACCUACAUAAGCUACCCUCUACCUACCUACUUAUCUUUCUUCACCUUAUUAUUAUUAUUACUAUUAUUGUAUAAUUGAUAACACAGCAGUUAAUGCGCCAAUCAGGUUUUAUUUGAUAAUAAUAUUAAUUUAUUUUGAGUCUGUUUGUGCGUGUGUGUGUGAGAGAGAGAGUGUGUGCGUGUGUGUAGCGUUUUAAGCUGUCCUGUCCUGUCCUUCUAACUCCUCUUAUUUAUUUACCAAGACUAUGACUACUAAAUACGCUACUACUUUUAGUAACAUUAAUAGUAUACUCCUACUUAUAGUAACAAUAUUGUCUUAGGCCAUAAUUUGUGCAUUCAUAAUAAUAUUUGAUUCUUCCGGUAACUCUCACUCUCCCCCCCCCCCGCGCGCCACUAUUUUUCUC